CGUGACGACUCCAAACUUCGAGUAAACGACAUUAAUUCUUGUUUAGAAUGACAGACCACAGUGCUAAGAACGUUAACAUGGUCAACAUGUUUGAUGAAAGGAUAGAGAAAUUUUUUUUUUUUUCUAUAAAAUUUUGUUGACAAUUUUUCUAUUCCGCAACUAAUCGUAAAUAAGAGUAGCACCCCUUGAAAUCGGUCUACUCGCGUGGUCGUGUAACUCAACGCUGGCGAGUAAUUUUUGUUGUAUAUUCACAAACGAUGGAGAAGACGUCGGUCGCGGAUAUGCCUGCUGAGAUUAAGGAAAGACUGGCAUCUUUUGACGAGUCUUUAUCGAAUUUAGAUGCCUUAUUACAGCCUUUGCUUGCAACGCCACAUUCAGAGUUGGUUGAAAAGCUUCAGCCACUGGAUUCCGCAAAAAUGGAUCUUGUUGUGGCAUACAGUAUAAACUCACUUUUUUGGAUGUAUUUAAAUUUGUGUGGAGUCAAUCCGAAAGACCACCCAGUAAAGCAAGAACUGGAACGUAUUCGUAGCUACAUGAACAGAGUAAAAGAAGCACAGGAGAGUCUGAAUGCACCAAAAAUUGACAAAGCAGCAGCAAAACGUUUUAUUAAAAGUGCACUAUGGCAGAAAGCUAAGCAACAACAGGAAAACUCUUCUCAGAGUGAGGUUCAGCCUUCAUCAUCGUCAGAAUCAACGGACAUUUCAAAUUCUGGUGGCAGAAAAAGAAAGCAUAAAGAUUAAAUGCAUUAAUGCUUAUAUGUGUGUUUGUGUGUGAGAGAGAGAGAGAUGGGUUGGAAAUAUAAUUAUGUUCUGGAAUGUGUGGCAGACAGGAUUUCUGCUCACCAAGAUUUUAGUAUGUAAAAUGAAAAAAAAAAGUUGGGGUUGGGGCAUGUGCAGAAGCUCAGGUCUUCUGAAAAAAAUACACUUUUAAAUUUAGUGACCGAAUAAAGUUGUUUCAGUUUCAAAUUAAUA